AUGCAGAUAUUUUAUAAAAGAGUGGCAGCGAGUGCUGAAGUUAAUAAAUCUACUUAUUUGGUGUUGAUAAUAAAUAUUUUAGCUGUUGGAAAUUGGAGAAAGUAUCAUAUUCACUUAAGGUAUUGUAGUGGAUGGAGGAUUAUGGAGUUGAGGCAUCUUGUGACAUGUAUCAAAGACGACACAAGCAUCGGUGAUUCAAAAAUAGAUGCCACCACAAUCCGUGCGAAGAGGAAUAUCUCCAUACCUCUACAAAACCACUUUCAUUUUAUCCAACUUGGAACCAUUAUUGCAUCAAAUGUGGUUGAUUUGUUGAGAAAGGAACAAGCACCUCUGAUUCCCUCACUAGUUCGUGAGAGGGAGGAAGAAACGAAAGAAGCAAGGGCUGCUGAAGAAGCUCUUGUGCUUCUUUUAUCUUGGAAAGAAAGGCGAAUGGGAGGGGGAGAGAUGGUACGAUGGAAGCAGGACAACAACAACUACAGUGCAGGUGGGUGUUUGGUUGCUAUGGAGUCGGCGAAAGAAGAAUAG